UCCGUGCGCUGGAAUGGAGUAGCACUGUGUGGCUUUUUUUCCUCCUCCUUCCUCCGUGUGUUUGCGACCGAUGAUGUGAACAAACAACGCCAUUUGAAAGCCCUUGUUUUCUAAAGAGCAGCGAGACAAAAGGAGAAGGGGGGAGAUCCCGGCUUAAUCGGUUUUUCCUUUCUUUCUGUGAGACACUGAAGGAGAUCAAGCUACUAAAAAAGAAGUGCCAAAUGUCCAGACUGGAGGACCACUGCUGGAGCUGCUCCUGUUCACCCAAGGCUGAAACUAAGCACUCGUCAUCUGGAGCGAACUGGUUGGCAUCCAAAGCUGAAGAAAUGAUGUCCAUCAUCACCUCGGUGCUCAGCCAUGCCUACGGCUCGCUGCACGACGUCCGCACCGCCAACCUCAUCCGCCGGGGUCUGGUCCUCUUCACGGUCGGGGUUUUCCUCGCCCUGGUGCUCAACUUGCUGCAGAUACAAAGACAUGUCACCCUGUUUCCCGAGGAGGUGAUGACAACUUUGUUUUCCUCUGCCUGGUGGAUCCCGCCUUGCUGCGGCACAGGAGCUGCUGUUGUUGGUCUGCUGUAUCCCUGCCUCGACAGCCAUUUGGGAGAGCCGCACAAGUUCAAGAGGGAGUGGGCCAGCGUCAUGAGGUGCAUCGCCGUGUUCGUGGGCAUCAACCACGCCAGUGUUAAACUAGACUUCGCCAACAAUGUGCAGCUCUCCCUAACGCUGGCCGCCCUGUCCUUGGGCCUGUGGUGGACCUUCGACCGGUCCAGAAGCGGCUUUGGCCUGGGCAUCACCACUGCCUUCCUAGCUACUCUGAUCACACAGCUGCUGGUCUACAAUGGAGUUUACCAAUACACAUCUCCAGACUUCUUGUAUGUACGCUCCUGGCUCCCGUGCAUAUUCUUCUCAGGCGGCGUGACUGUGGGCAACAUAGGACGGCAACUUGCCAUGGGUGGCAUCGAGAAGCCCCACAUGGAUUGAGCUACACAACGGCAGACAACCAGGGUGAAGGGCAGCCGUCAUAAAAAUGGAUCAGUUAUGUGAAGAAUGAGAAGAACAACAGGAGAAAAAGGACUCAUUGUUUUGACUUCAUCCUUUGUUCUCAUAACAAAGUGCAGGUCAGAAAAGCCCCUCAUCUAACGUGCCAUGUCCUCUGCACCUCCUUGUGGCCAAACAGCCUCUCCCUCCCUUCUGUUCUUACUCCCAUCAGCAUUAAGGCUUCCUUCACACCACACAGGAGGACAGUGUUCGCCUUUCUUUUUUUUUUUUUUGUGGUUGAAGUGAGCAGUCGACAGAUUUUUAUUUUAAGGAGAGGACAUGUGUGCUUUAGUGUCCUGGUCAUAGCAGAGAAGACAUGAUGAGGGUGCUAUAAUGUUGUUUUUUUAUUAAUUAGUCUGAAUAUAUUGUGAUCUAAAAGGGAAAUGUUGUUAGAGUGGGCAGAAACAUGUCUUCAUUCUCACACAGAAAUGUAUUCAGUGGCCUCAGUAGCAUCGCUGAGAUGUACGUUCCCAAUCAAACCAAAUUGAGUAUUUAUUUUGUAAGUUUUCAGUGGCCCCAAACCAAAUGUAUGCAUGAUAAUGAAUGACAUUUCCCUUUUUUUUUUGAAAGGAGUAGCGUGAUAUUUUGGGGAAAUGUUAGUUACAUUUGGGAACAUCUUGCUCGAGAUGAUAGAAGGAGGCGACCGGCUUUGUUUAGCAACACAUUCAACGCACAGAAACACGAGUUGUAUCAAAUCUUCUCAUCAAAAUAUUCCUCAAAUUGUUGUUUUUUUUUUAUAGAUGACAGUAGAAUGAGUGGAGGUGAAAUAUAUAAGAAGUGCCAAUUAGUUUACUACCGACUCACAUUCACUGUGUGGGGAUUUGAGAGACACUCUGUGAGAAUGUUUGGAGCACAAAAUGCAACCUGCUUGGGGGAGUUAUUUACCAGCAAAUGGUGUUAUAUUCACAAUCACAGCUAUUUCUCAGUACAAAAUCACUUUUUCACUUUUUUUUUUGUUUUGGAGAAGCGACACUUUUUUUUUUAGUAUGUUUUCGUCCGUCACUAAUAAGCUCCAGACAAACAGAGAGGAUUGUUUAAAGAAGGAAAGAAUGUGAACAUGAAAGCAUUAGUCUGGACUGAAGAAAAAAAAUGUCAGCAAUGUGCACAUGUGAGUGAAACAAGCCACCAGGGUGAACCAUGUUGUGAAAGAAUGUACCAGAAGUAUCCCACAACUUUGCCGUGAUACCAGUAAAAACACUUUCCAGUGCAUUUUUUAAAUUUUUUUUGUCUUGUAGAGUGAACUUUUGCUUCCCAUCGAGACAAACUUUUUGCUGUGUGAUACGACACGCUUUUUUUUUUUCUUGAUAGUUUUGGAACCUUUUACCGAUUCAAUGAGAGGGCAGGACAUUAUUACUUAAGAUUUGCAAUCUGUGAUUGCCUGUGUAUUAUAGAAUGUAGUGCUUUUGUCACUAUAACAGUUUAGUUUUAUCAUCUGUAUAAACAUAAUGACAUUACUGCUUGUAUGUAUAAUGGCUUGCCGAUGUAAUCAGACAGGUAUUAUUACCAUACUAGACCUAGUUAGUGUUUUGGGGGUCUAAAGGAUUAAGUGCAAUCAGACUAUUCAUGAGCCGAUUAUUCUUCCUUAUUUAUUAUUUCUGACAAAGGCUAAAAAAAAACAACAUUAAAACUUGUAAGUAUAUGCAGUGUGGAUCAUUCAGAAAAAGCAAUAACAUCUUUUGUUUUUUUGUGACUUUUGUCAGAUUUACAUGCCUUCAGAGUCAAUACCAAUGACUCUCACCAGAGAGACAGCGUUAAAGAAAAAGAAGCAUAUAUUGUGUCAAACUGUUGUAAAAAAUCUCAUUUAGUAGCAUUAUUGAAGGAUACCUGAUUUAUUUUUUUAAAUACUUUGUGUGGCAGAUCACUUCAGGUCGACUCUGCUUGCAUUCAGGUGUGCUAUACUGAAGAGGAAGCUUUAUUUUUUUGAGGUGGUGAAGCACCUUUUUUUUUUUUUUUGUUUCAAUGUUUUAGAGUUUCUGUGUACGUCUAUGAUAUUUCAGCUGUGUAUUGUUUUUGCUACCUUGGAUUUAAGUGACAAAAUAAAAACACCUGACAAGGA